AUGAAAGCACCCAGCAUUCGUCUACUUCUCACACUCUCCCUGGUCGGCCUCUUCUUCAUCAUUAUUACUUUCGGAUUAUUUUCAAAACGUAAAGGAAAUGACAUUUCCGAGUCAAUUACAACUGGACGUGUGGCAUUAGAUAAAAUUGACAGCAAAUCCAGCACUUCAAAACCUGCACCACCUCCACCUCCUCCUCCUCCUACCUAUUGUGUAUCCAAUGAUGUUCUUUACUUUGGUCAACUCACACAUAAUGGAAAUUUGAACGGACAAAUGAAACGAAUGUAUGAAGCAGUUCAUCCGAGAAGCAAGGAACCAUUCUUGAAAAAGGAAAAUACAUUUUUCUUUACGGAUAUCGAACCAUCUCCUUCCCAUGUCUCAUUCUUUUCCAGAAUUACUUUAAUGGCAUCAAAAGGAGGGAAGGUUGGAUAUGAUGGAGCUCAGAGACGUUUUCUCGAGUCAAUUUUUACAAUGUUAGAGUUGAAGAAGGAGAGGAAUGAUAAACGAGUGAGAUGGUUCAUGUUGAGUGAUGAUGACCAUAUGAGUAUUCCUGCUAAUUUGAUGCGUACAUUGGCAAAAUAUGAAUUGAAAUUGGAAAGAGGUGAAUUGAGUGUGGAUGAGCCAUUAAUUAUUGGAAGAACACCUGAAUGUAGAGCUGUUAGUGGAGGAGCUGGUGUCAUCUUUAAUGAAAAGGCCAUUGAAGUGCUCAAGGUUAAUAUGGAAGAAUGUAUUAAGAAAGUUGGUUUACAAUGGUAUGAUUAUACCAUUUACAGAUGUGUGAAUGAUGUUCUCACAAAGACAAAGGAGGAAAAGUGCAAGAUUUUGAAACAUGAAACUUCCAUGCAUUGUUGUAAUUACAUGUAUUUCUGUGAUCCUUCAAGUUUUAAGGAUCCACCAAAUUUGAGCUGGUUCAAUAGAUUUAGAAAGGCAACUGGAUUCCAUUACCUUCAAGGAGAUCACGUCAAUAGGAUGAAGGAGAAUUUACCAGAUAGUUUCUUUACAAAGAUUGAUAAAUGCUUCCCAGUAUCAGAGUUAGAGAAGGAACUUGAUGGAUACAUGCCAAGUGUUUCAUCUUCAAAUAAGAAUUUACGUGAAAUUUUACAACAAGUUGAAAGUAUGCCAGUAGUGAGGCCACCUUCACUCGAUUGGAUAAAGAGUGAAUCGAAACAGCAAGAUGAGAGUGUUGUCUCUUUCAUGACAGGUUUGAUUGAAAUAAUCUUUAGCAAUUGGGAAAAUCAAUUCGCAAGCAAUAGAAAACCAAUAGAUCAAACUCUGGAGAGAAAGGACAUUGCCAUUGCUGUUAUUCCAAGUCCCCUCAUUGAAUCUAGAGCUUCACUCAUUGCUAGAGAAUAUAACAUCUCAUCCCAAGUUGAACUCUCUCUCAAUUAUUGGCAACAAUCUGGAUUUAAUGCUCAUGUAUGUGAAUCCACACACACUUCAAAGAUUUCUCUCUAUGCAGAGUGUCUGAAAAAGUCAUCAACAUCCUCCAAAUGGACCCUAGUUGUCUCCGAAUCAACAAGAAUUAAUUCAGAUUCCCUCCUUCAAUAUUUGAAAACUUUCAGCAAUUCUGCAAAGCUUUACAUUGGUGGAAUGCGAUCAGCUCAAGAAUUAAUCCUAUCACAAUUGGAAGGAAAAUCUAUUGGACUUCCAUUUGGAGCUCUCUUUGCUGUUAGCUCUCCAUUCAUUGAGGAAUAUUUAUCCAUCGCCACUACUUCUUCUACCUUGAAGGAAAGCAUCAUUCAGGAACAAAUCAACGAUCGUCUUCUCAUUCCAAAUACUGGAAUGAUUCUGAGUGGUGGUCACUUUUUCACUCAUGCACCAGAACACUACUGCACAAAAGGAAUUACAAAUGUAGAGUCGUGGAUUGAAAUGCAAGUUCCAACCAAAGAAUUGGAACCAAUGACUGUGACCUUCUCUCCAACUAAUAAUUGUCUUGGAAGAAUGAAUUCGAUUAAUCAAUUUUUCAAUAAGAUUGAUAAGAGUUUGCUUGGAUCACCUACUGGCAUUAACCAUAAUUGUUUUGAAUAA